GCCAGCGCCCAAUGCCUGUCUGUGUUCGUUUGUGUUCAGUCCAGUGGAGAACAGCACAGCAUCGCGUUACAUGCUGGGAUUGGCUGAGCGCGUGGCAGAAUCCGGAGACGUGCUGAACGUAGCGGAAUGUCUGGAGGUGGAGAAGGGGUCUGGGGGCAACAUCAGAUCACUCCUCGCAAUGCCUAUUCGAAAUAGGCAUUAUCAGAUCAUAGGAGUUGCUAACAUCAUCAACAAAUUAAAUAGCCUUCCCUUUGAUGAAAAUGACGAACAACUGUUUGAGGCCUUCAGCAUCUUCUGUGGCCUUGGUAUCCACAACACACUCAUGUACAGCGAAGUGGAGAAAGCUAUGGCUCGCCAGAAAGUCGCCAUCGAGGUGCUGUCUUACCACGCCACGGCAUCUAACAAGGAGGUCGAGGCUCUUUUGGACAGGCCAGUGCCUUGCGCCGAUGAAUUGAACCUUUACUCCCUCACAUUUGACGAUUUCUCCCUAGAAAGCGACGAGAUGCUCCUGGCAGCUGUGAGCAUGUUUCUUGAUCUCGGGUUAGUGAAGAAAUUCAGCAUUGAGAAGGAGACGCUGUACCGUUUCCUGAUCACGGUCAAGAGGAACUACAGAGAUGUUCCAUACCACAACUGGAGGCAUGCCUUCAAUGUGGCCCAAGUCAUGUUUGCAAUUCUCAUGGGGUGCGAGAUGAAGGGUACAUUCAGCGACCUUGAAGUGCUGGGGAUGUUCGUCGGCUGCUUAUGUCACGACUUGGACCACCGAGGAACAAACAACGCUUUCCAGGAGAAGACGGGCUCUGCGCUGGUGUUACUGUACGGGACCACAAACACAAUGGAGCAUCACCACUUCAACCAUGCAGUUAUGAUCCUUAGCAGCGAGAGCCACAACAUAUUCUCUGGCCUCUCUCCGGAGAAUUACUCGAAGGUGAUGAAAGUUCUGAAGCACAGCAUCCUCGCAACAGACUUGUCCGUUUAUUUCCAGUUGAGGCCAAGCUUCUUUUCUCUGGUGGAGAACCGGCAGUACAGCUGGGGCCUUGAGGAACACAGGGAACUGCUACGCUCCAUGCUGAUGACUGCAUCGGACAUCGCCGCAUCGUCCAAGCCCUGGCACGUCCAGCAGCGGGUGGCCCGUCUGGUCACGGCUGAAUUCAUCGUACAGGGCGACAAAGAGAGACAGGAACUGAACAUUGAGCCUCAGGCGCUCAUGGACCGGGAGCGACAGCACGAACUUCCGCAGCUACAGAUCCGCUGGAUCGCCGAUAUCUGCCUCCCACUCUACAAGUCUCUGGGCCAAAUGAAUCCGAAGUUGAACGUCAUGACAGAGGGGGCGUUGGACAACAUGGCGCACUGGUCUAAUCUCGCCUCCGACGCAAGUAAUCACAGUGACCAGAGCGACGUGGAACCAGCAUGAAGACCUCUUCCAUCUGGGCCAAAAGCCAAGUUCAUAUAAUGGCUGGGAAAUAUAUUUUCAACUCCUGAUACGCUUUUUGAAGUAGUACUGCUAUCCGUUACCUUCCAAAUGAAGAGGUUUUAAAUCUUUUGUUCUUAGCAAGAAGAGAUUUUCCGAAACAGUUGAUCUGGGAAUAAAAUCUCAGGCUUGUUUCCGGGA